UAUGUAAUAAAAUAAUAAUAAUAAUGGGCAUUUUGAUCAUUUCUAAAUUAUGUUAGACAACAUAAAAUCGAUUAAAAAGGAAAUCAAGGAACUCAAAGACGCUUAUUAAAAUAGAAGGAAGGAUUUCGGAGAGAAUCAAAAAAAGUGGGCAAUCGCUAUUCAAAAUACUAAAACAAGAAUCGAGAAUCUUAUUUAAUGGAUAAAUGAUUAUGGUCAAGUCAAUGUAAAGUGGGAUUUGCCUUUUGAGAUAUUGGAACAGCUUGAUAAAUUUGAUUUCCUUGAAGAGUAUAUAGAAAAUUUAAAAAAAUAAGUGCAAUAUUGCUAUGAGUAAUAAAAGUAUUAAAGUUAAAAUGCAAAACAAUUUAGUUAUUAUUUACGACUAAGAAUGAAAAAUGAUUGUAUAUAAUGAAAUUAGUUUUAUAUUAUUUAAUUACAAUGAAAGUAUGCUUAUGUUUGGAAGUAGUAUAUAUCUAACUUAAAAUUUAGCCCUUAUUCAUGAAUUAUAUUUGAGCAUAUUCUUAAUAUCUAUGGACUUAGUGAAAGUAGUUCUCUUCUAUAGAGGUUUGUUUCUUCAUAGAAUGAUUUUGAGAGAAUCUCAACUUAAAUUUAAGCAUAGGCUGAAUAGUGGACAAUAAAGGUCUAUUUUCCAGAAAUAUAAUAAAUUGGUAUGAAUUACUAGUUAAUCCAUAAGUAAAGUUCAAGAUUAUCAAAAAAUAAGGAGAUGAGUUGA